CGGCAUGCCAACGCCAACCCAACCCAACCCUUGAGCUGGUGGAGAGUGGAGACACGCAAGGGAAGAGAGGCUGCUCCUUCGGCCGCAGAGAAAGAAAAUCUUCUUGAGCCGAGCCAAACACCAGCGAAGCGCGUCAACCCACCCAAUAGCCAAGACCCAAGAGAGACAGACAGGGGGAUGAGGGGCGGCGGGCGGGCGCGGCAGAACGCGAUCCGGUCGGGCAUCGUGGUGCUGGGCGCCGCCGCCUUCGCCUACCUCUCCUACCGCGUCGGGUUCAAGCCCUACCUCGACCGCGCCCAGGAGGCCAUGGACUCCCACCACGCCGCCGCUGCCGAUGCUUCCGCCUCCGCCUCCGCCUCCUGGGAGGACCAGCCCGGCCUCCCCGGGGACGACGGCGACGGCCUCGCGCCGUCCAGGGACCCGGCCGCCGUGCUCCGCGACUGACUGACUGACGCCGCCUACCUUCUCGGGCCUCGUCAGAUCCUCGGGCUUGUUGUGGCAUUUCGCCGAACGCUCUGUGAGCGGAUAAUAAAAUGCACCGGAACUGCUUUCGGCAACGCAACCCUCCCCCACCCCCUGCUGUCAUCGCUGCUAUGGUAUGGUAUGGUUUCAAAGUAUUUUUAUCAUCGUGCACUCGGCUCACUCGAAACUCACCUGCGCUGCCUGCAAACGCCUGCUCUGCUCGUGCACAUAGCCUGAUUUGAAUGAACAUUCUGAAAACAUGAUUGAUGGUUGGUUCUAGUUGACCAGGCAGUUUUUUCAGAUCAAAUAAACGGAUGUGCAAAUUAUAGGACCA